AUGGGUGAAGGUGCACCCACUGUACGUAAAGGCACCUGUGCGAACCACGUUAAGCACGUAGCUCAGUUCUUUACCGGCUUCCAUCUGACAAUGCACGCCCGUACGGAAGACGAUCUCGACGAGAAGAUAAUUUUAGAUAAGCUGGCGAAGGCCGGAUCAGCCUUUAACUUUAAGAGCAAUAGGCAAGAGGAGUUGCCACCGAGUGGACCAGUUGGGACUACGUAUAAGAAAGUUAAUCCAGUUCAAGAAAUUAAUUCCAAAGAACGGGACCAAUUUUGGCUUAAAGAGGAACAAGAAGAGAAGAAACGAGUAGAAGCCGAAAAGAAAAGACGAGAAGAGGAAAAAAGAAAAGCAGAGGAAGAAGUAAGAAGAAGAGAUGAGCUCGAGGCAGCGAGAAGAGCAAAAGCAGAACAACAGAAAACGGAGGCGGAUGCGGUAGCGGAAGCGAAGGCGGGCGGCGGUAGUGCGGGCGAGGAGCUGCGCCGCCAGCGCUCCGCGGAGGCGCACCGCCUUAUCGGCGCCUCCACUGCGGCCGCACGCGCGCUCUUCCAGCAGAACCUCGCGCAAGGACAGCUGUCUGCACGAUCGAACUCCAUACCAGAUAAACCAGUACGUGGUUCGGUUAUAGCGCAACGGAUCAACACAUUCUCGCAGAGCACGUCGCCUCAACCGACCACGCCUGUAAAAUCUCCCACAAAACUAGAAAAGACAACCCUACAAGAGCCCACAAAUGAAGAACCCAAUGACCAACUCAAAACAAGCCCGCUGAAAAACAUAGACAAGAUAAAAAUGAGUCUUGAAAGUCCCUCCCAAAUACAAUACGAGUCAAUAAUAGUUAAAAGUGAACCAGUGAUCAAACAGAAUAUUCUGGAAAACGAUAUGUUUGAUGCAUCCUACUCGAGUUCGAGUGAGAAUGAUGAUGAUGACAGUGAUAACAAAUUCAGCACAAUCAAGCGGUCUCCAUAUACCAAGAACACUGAUGCUAAAUCUGAACUGAGUCGACAGAACACAGUUAUAGAAAAUGUGAAUUAUAAGAAGGAGAAUGGUACAACCACGCUUGUUGAUGUAUCUCCAGAAGGUAUGGAUGAUGAAGGCACCAUUUACAUAUACUUGAUCUUCUGGGAGGUUAUAUCGGACGAGCAUGGCAUCGAUCCAACUGGCACGUACCACGGCGACUCCGACCUUCAAUUGGAGCGUAUCAACGUUUACUACAAUGAAGCCACUGGCGGUAAAUAUGUACCUCGAGCCAUAUUAGUUGACCUCGAGCCCGGGACGAUGGACUCUGUCCGCUCAGGACCGUUCGGACAAAUAUUCCGCCCGGACAAUUUUGUAUUCGGCCAAUCUGGUGCUGGAAAUAAUUGGGCUAAGGGUCAUUAUACAGAAGGUGCAGAAUUGGUCGAUUCCGUUCUUGAUGUUGUUAGAAAGGAGGCGGAGGGUUGUGAUUGUCUACAAGGAUUUCAAUUGACGCAUUCUCUUGGUGGCGGCACAGGAGCUGGUUUAGGUACGUUACUGAUAUCAAAAAUAAGGGAGGAAUAUCCUGAUCGCAUAAUGAAUACUUUCAGUGUCGUCCCAUCACCCAAAGUAUCGGAUACAGUGGUUGAACCAUACAAUGCUACACUUUCUGUGCAUCAACUAGUGGAAAACACUGAUGAGUCGUAUUGUAUUGAUAAUGAAGCUUUGUAUGACAUCUGUUUCCGCACUCUAAAGUUAACUACACCGACAUAUGGAGAUCUAAAUCACUUAGUGUCUGCUACAAUGUCCGGUGUCACCACUUGUCUUAGAUUUCCUGGCCAAUUGAACGCAGAUUUAAGGAAACUGGCCGUCAAUAUGGUUCCGUUUCCUCGCCUCCACUUUUUUAUUCCUGGAUUUGCUCCAUUAACGUCAAGGGGAAGUCAGCAGUAUAGAGCUUUGACAGUUCCAGAAUUGACUCAACAAAUGUUUGAUGCUAAGAACAUGAUGGCGGCAUGUGACCCCAGACAUGGGCGAUAUUUGACUGUAGCGGCCGUAUUUAGAGGCCGUAUGUCAAUGAAAGAGGUCGACGAGCAAAUGAUGAAUAUUCAGAAUAAGAAUUCGUCUUACUUUGUUGAAUGGAUUCCAAACAACGUGAAGACUGCCGUAUGUGAUAUACCACCUAGAGGCUUAAAGAUGUCUGCAACGUUUAUCGGAAACUCUACUGCGAUCCAAGAGUUAUUUAAACGAAUUUCGGAGCAAUUCACUGCCAUGUUCAGACGUAAAGCAUUCUUGCAUUGGUAUACUGGAGAGGGUAUGGAUGAAAUGGAAUUUACAGAGGCUGAAAGCAAUAUGAAUGAUUUAGUAUCAGAAUACCAGCAAUACCAGGACGCAACGGCUGAAGAAGAGGGUGAAUUUGAUGAAGAGGAGGAGGGUGGAGAUGAAGGAGAUUAG